AUGGCUUCCUCUGUAUCCACCGCACCAACGUUGUACUUUGAUGAGAAAUGGAAGCUGUCAAAGAAGGAAGGAUCCACCAGAAGCAGGUCCUCAAGUACCCCUUUAAUCAAGAAUUCCUCGCAGAGAAGGUGUGCUUUCGCUAGCAAGUGUGCCAGGCUUGUGAAGGAGCAAAGGGCGCGUUUCUACAUCAUGAGGCGAUUGAAAGACGAAAGGGUCCUGAAAGGGCUAGGUGGAGUUGAGUUGUUUGACCACUGGAAGGACCACUUUGACCCUAUAAUCUUGCUCAGGGGCUGGCAGGCAGAGGCAUGCAUGGAUGAUGAGUUGUUGAGAAUGGCAUCACAAAGAGAGCCAAACAUGGACGGACUCUCACGCAAACACCUUCUUCUAUAG